GAGCUGCCGCCCUCCCUGCCGAGUCAGUCGGGGGCAGGACGAGGAGGGGCUGCUGAGCUUUAUUUGCUGGUGCUGCUGCUUUUGGUUUCAUUUCCGUCCGUGCUCGGAGCAGCAAUGGAGGAGCCGCUGUGCCUGGUGCAGAACGGGGCCGACGGGGUGCUGAGCCCCAACCCCGAGGCGCUGGAGGUGCUGCGCGGCAUCGGGCAGCCCGUGGUGGUGGUGGCCAUCGCGGGGCCCUACCGCACCGGCAAGUCCUUCCUCAUGAACCGGCUGGCGCAGCGGCGCACUGGCUUCGCUCUGGGCCCCACGGUGCAGGCGCAGACCAAGGGGAUCUGGAUGUGGUGCCUGCCACACCCACGCCGGGCCAACACCACCCUGGUGCUGCUGGACACCGAGGGGCUGGGGGACCCCAACAAGGGCGACAGCCGCAACGACGCCUGGAUCUUCACGCUGGCGCUGCUGCUCUCCAGCACCCUGGUGUACAACAGCCUCGGCACCAUCGACCAGCAGGCGCUGGAGAACCUCGAGCUGGUGUCAGAGCUGACGGCCUUCAUCCGGACGCGGGCCAGCGACAGUGAGCGGGCAGGCGAGGCAGAGGACAGUGAGUUCGUGCGCUUCUUCCCCGACUUCGUCUGGGCCGUGCGCGACUUCACGCUGGAGCUGCAGGCGGACGAGCACCCCAUCACCGAGGACGACUACCUGGAGCGGGCACUGGCCCUGAAGCAGGGCUACGGGCGGCAGGCGGUGGAGUACAACACCACGCGGCAGUGCAUCCGCAACUACUUCCCCACGCGCAAGUGCUUCGUCUUCCCGCCACCGGUGGGCGCGGAGCAGUGGGGCCGGCCCGAGGAGCUGCCCGAGGUGGCGCUACAGCCCAGCUUCCUGGCACAGGUGGAGCGCUUCUGCCAGCACGUGCUGGCCUCCUCCAGGCCCAAGCAGCUGCAGGAUGGCGCGGAGCUCAACGGCCGCACGUUCAGCACGGUGGUGCAGAGCUACCUGGAGACCAUCACUAGCGGGCGCGUGCCCUGCCUGGAGGGGGCGAUGGCGGCGGUGGCGGCGAGCGAGAACGCAGCGGCGGUGGCAGAGGCGCUGGCCGAGUACUGCAACGGCAUGCAGGGGGUGGUGCUGCCGGCCGAGCAGCACAAGCUGUCGGAGGAGCACAACCAGUGGCUGCAGCAGGCGCUGGCGGUCUUCCACCACCGCGCCUUCCGUGACCGCGACCAGCAGUACCAGCUCAAGCUGAUGGAGGAGCUCCACGCCAAGUACGGGUUGCUGCUGCAGCAGAACGAGGAGGCGUCGCGCACGCGCUGCUGGGAGCUGCUGAACGAGCUUGCCCAGCCCCUCGACACCAACUUGGCCGAGGGCGCCUACGCCCAGCCCGGCGGCUACCGCGCUUACCAGGCCGACCGGCAGCGCCUGGUGGAUGCCUACCGGGAAGCCCCGAGCAAGGGCACCAAGGCCGAGGAGAUGCUGGACAAGUUCCUGGAGGGGCGCAAGGCGGAGGCCGAGGCGGUGCUGAAGGCGGACAACGCGCUGACCGAGGUCGAGAAGCAUCUGGCAGACCAAAAGCAGCAGGUGGAGCUGCUGGGGCAGGCACAGAAGGCGGCGGAGGAGCGCAACAAGCAGCUGGAGGCGCUGCUGGCCGACCAGGAGCGCAGUUACAAGGAGAGCCUGAAGAUGCUGGAGGCCAAGCUGCAGGCGGAGGCACUGAACAUGCAGGAGGACAUCAAGCGGGCCAUGGAGGCCAAGCUGCAGGAGCAGGAGCGGCUGCUGAAGCAGGGCUUCAGCGAGCGGGCCAAGCUGCUGGAGGACGAGGUGGCCAGCCUGCGGCAGUCGCUCAAAACCCAAGACAUAGUGGGACACAUCUGCAAGACCCUGCAGGUGGCCCUGCACGCCGCAUGCGAGGUGGCCACCCUGCUCAACAACCAGAAGUCCCUCAAGUAGGCGGCGUGCCGGGGCGCCGCUGCUGCCGUGCGGCAGCGAUGCUCGUGCCGCGUGCGUGGCCGCGGCAGCCGCCGUUCCCGUGCCAAAUAAAGCAGCUUUCAUACA